AUGGAAUAUCUUUGGCAAAACUUAGACGAGAUAGACGAAAAGUGGGUAGAAAUAUCUCCCUAUCUGCUAGAUUGCAACGAGACUUUACCUGAAUCGAAGACGGAGGCAGUAGCGAAGGAAGUUUUAGACUACUAUUUGGGACCAGGACAAAAAAUCAGUAAAAAUAAUUUCAAAAAAUUUACGCAGAUUGUCACCGACAGGUUGUUCGCUGUUUCUGCAGAAUUAUCAGUUAAACUACAAGCCAACGUAACAAAAUCUCCAAUAUAUCUCUACAUAUUCAAUUACACCGAAGGUGAAAACAAAGUGGUGCAAUUCUUAUCGGGAACAGAUGAAAUAGAAGGAGUAUGUCACGGUGAAGAUGGCAUCUACUUCUAUGGUUUAUUACAAAUCAAACCAUUAUCGGAACAAGAUAAACGCCUGAGUAUUGCUUGCCACAAUAUGUUGUACUCAUAUGCUAGCAGCGGUAAUCCUUCUUUCGAUGGGACAGACAAUUGGCAACCAAUAGGUGCUGAAGAGCUGACAUACUUGUUAAUAAAUGGACCGGAAGACAUGAAGCUGCAAAGCAGCGAAAGCCUGACUCCAACUGACUUUUGGAGCAAGCUUGGAUUCCUGGAGAAUUGA